CAGUUAUCACGCCGCUACCUAGUCCACGUCUUCCUCCACUAUCUCUCUUCCCUCCGACUAACGGUAUCUACAACCGCGAUGUCACUCGACCCGCCAACCUACAUCUUCGCCCUCCAAAACAACAUCCGCGCGCGGCCCAUAUCCUGGGAGGGCGCGGUGCGCGCCAAAACGAUCACAGAUGCCGACCUGCAGAAGAUCAAGUCGAUUGACAAGGUGCGCAAGGAACAGCGGAAGCAGACGAUUGAGGCGGAUAUGGGGAGCUUUGUAGCGCUGUUGUUGGGCGGGAACGGGACGCAGAGUAUCUUCGAGGCGGCGGCGAAGCGGCAGGAUAUCGUGCAGUAUAUGCUUGUGUUGAUGGGGGAUUUGAUUGAUGAUAUCCCCACCCUCACAGCAGCCUUAAUCCAACACCCCACGCCCUUCAAACCCUUCCUCCCGCUCCUCAAGUCUACGCCCAACGUCGAGGACGCCCUCCCCCUCCUAACCUCCUCCGUCCUCUCCCGCCUCCUUUCCUACGCCCUCACCCACCCGACAAAAGACCCUUCUCAAAUCGACGAAGCGCUUCCCCAAAUAUAUACCUAUCUCGGCUCUCUAGCGACAAGCUCCGAUGCUGGGCUACAAGACAUCGCAGUGCAGGAAUACUCGGCGCUGCUGCGGAACAAAAAGUCAAGAGAGUUGUUUUGGAAACAGAGAAGCGAGACCCUGGAGCCAUUGUUCACCAUCCUUCGCUCGGCAUCCGGGACGACCAAAGACCAGGACUCAGCACUCUGGAGCGGGGCAAACAGUACGCGGACGGCCACCGAGGCCAUUGGCGGAGGCGUGGGGCUCCAGCUGUUGUACCACGUCCUCCUCGUGAUCUGGCAGCUCAGUUUUGAAGGCGACAUGGUCGGCGACGGGCUGCAAGACGAACACGACAUCGUCAUCCUCUACACGCACCUCCUCCGGCUCUCGCCCAAGGAGAAAACCACUCGCCUCCUCCUCUCCACGCUCCUCAACCUCCUCGUCGCCAACCGCACCACGCUCCUCCCCGCCGCCGUCCUCGCCCGCCUCCCCUCGCUCCUCGCGACGCUCAAAACCCGGCACCUCACGGACCCGGACGCGCUCGAGGACCUGCAAUCGCUGACGGAGCUGCUGGACGAGUACACCAAGACGCAGACGACGUUUGACGAGUACCGGGCGGAGCUGCUGAGCGGGCACCUGCGGUGGAGCCCGCCGCACCGCAGCGCGACCUUCUGGGCCGAGAACGCGCGGCGCAUCCUCGAGGAGAACAAUGCCGAGCUGCCGCGCAAGCUGGCGGAGAUAUUGGCAAAGGACUGGGUGCAUGAUCGGCAGGUGCUGGCUAUUGGGUGCAAUGAUGUGGCGUGCCUUGUGAAAGAGGUGCCUGAGAAGAGGGGCUUGUUGGAGAAGUUUGGGUUGAAGGGGAGGGUCAUGGAGUUGAUGGGUUGUGAGGAGGAGGGGGUGAGGUGGGAGAGUUUGAGGGCCGUGGGGGAGUGGUUGAGGUAUAGUUUUGAGGGGAGGGGGGUUGAGGUUGCGGUGAGGUAGUGUGAUGUGUGUAGUGUGGUCUGUGUAGUGUGGAGUGACGAGGGAUGUCCAUGUCAGUUUGGUGUUUUCCCUUCUUUGUCGAUGGCAGAGUGAGCGAUUGAUAAAUAUGUUGUUCGUGCGAGUGAUUGCUCUGCCAUGCAUACAUAGUAGCAUAGUUAGCGGGAUGCCAGUCGUGUGUGCAUGUACUCUGUACAAUCUAUGCUUCCAUUCUCUCC